AUGGACCCCGACAAAACCAACGACAUCGGAACUCCAAUCUCAGACGCUAGGGCGGCCAAUCGUGCCCGAUUUGGACUCGAGCUGGAAUUCGUACAGGCACUGGCCAAUCCGUUUUAUCUGCAUUCUCUCGCGCAACAGAAUAUCCUGGAGCAACCCGCGUUCAUCAAUUUCUUGGAAUAUCUUCUCUACUUCAAAGAGAAGGACUAUGCGCGCUUCAUCCACUACCCACAUGCUCUCCACCACCUAGAACUGUUGCAGCACGCCCAGUUCCGUUCCCAAAUGAAGAAGGAUGAGUACCUCAGAGAAUUUUUGCAUCAAAAGCAGUUCGAUCACUGGCGUACAUGGCGAGAGCCAUCUUCCAUCAAUACCUCCAACCCUGAACCUGGGCCCUCAGAUGACGCAGAUCCGGCACACUCGAAACCAGCGCUGUGA